UAAAACGCGUGAGAUAUCAAUUAUUACUUCUACAAUAUAUAUUGAAUAUUCGACCCUUUUAUAAGAUUUUAAUUUUCUUGGUUGUGCAUCAAAUUCGCGAUUUCUUUUCCGUGUUCGUUUCGAUUUCUCUGUUUCUCAUUCAGGGUUUUUGUUGUGCUUAUUAUUGUUGCUUGAGGCGGUGGUGGUGUAGACAAGGUAUAAAUGGCUGAACCUUUGGUGGGGAAUUUGAACCAGCUGCCGAAGACUGAGGCGGGCCAGCCAGUUCCUGAGACUGUGGGGCUAAACCAAAAUAAGCCUGAAAUAGAGGGUUCCUCAUCAUCAAUGACUGAAGAUAGCCAUGUGGCGGUCACAGUUAACAAUGAGGAGGAAGAUGAGAAUGCACCACUGAUAGGAAUGGGGGAAUGCCGGAUCUGCCAGGAGGAGGAUUCUGUCAAUAAUUUGGAGAGUCCUUGUGCUUGCAGUGGGAGUCUUAAGUUUGCUCAUAGGAAAUGUGUUCAACACUGGUGCAAUGAGAAGGGAGAUAUUACUUGUGAGAUUUGUCAUCAGCAAUAUCAGCCUGGUUACACUGCAGUACCACCCCCCCAACCUGAUGAAACUAUCAUUGAUAUAGGUGGAGUAUGGCAAAUAUCUGGCACACCACUCGACAUGCAUGAUCCACGUCUUCUGGCAAUUGCUGAGGCUGAGAGGCAGUUGUUUGAUGCUGAUUAUGAUGAUUAUAACAAUGCUAACAGCAGUGGCGCUGCCUUUUGCCGUUCCGCAGCUCUAAUUUUGAUGGCUCUUCUGCUACUGAGACACGCACUGUCCAUCACUGAUGAUGGGGAUGGAGAUGGAGAAGACGACGCAUCAACUUUCUUAUCUCUAUUCUUGCUUCGAGCUGUUGGCUUUCUUAUGCCUUGCUACAUCAUGAUCUGGGCCAUCAGCAUCCUGCAACGUAGGAGGCAGAGACAGGAGGCUGCAGCACUAGCGGCUGCACAGUUUGCAAUCGUGGUUCAAUCAGCACAAAGCAGAGGUCUCCUCGUCACCUCAGCUAAUCCGGCAGUCACUCCAUUGGCCACUCCACAUGCUGCCAGCACUUCAGUAGCAGCGCCUCAGCAGGAGCACGUCUGAUCCAACAAUAGUUUCAUUAUCUCUCUCCCCAUUUAAGGUAUGCGGGAGUCGCACUCCAAUGUCAGCUAUUGGAGCCGACUCUUUUCGCUUACUCUCACUUCAAAAAUUUUAAUAUGAGACUUGGCUCUGUUACAUUGUGUAUAUGAAUAUCUGACCGUGAGACGAACUGAUCGACGAAGUGUACGUAUUUGAUGUACCUUGUUAGUGUAAUAAUAUGUAUUUUGCCAAUUUAUAGUUUA